AUGGAGGAGCUCACGGCUUUUGUAUCCAAAUCUUUUGACCAGAAGAGCAAAGACAGCAGCGGCGGCGGCGGCGGCGGAGGCAAGAAGGAUUCGAUCACUUACAGGGAAGUUUUGGAGAGCGGACUGGCGCGCUCCCGGGAGCUGGGGGUCUCGGAAUCCAACCUCCAGGACAUCACGGAGGGCAGCGGCCACUGCCCGGUGCAUCUCUUUAAGGACCACGUGGACAACGACAAGGACAAACUGAAAGAGUUCGGUUCGGGGAGGGCUGCCGAAGGUAUUUACGAUUGCAAGGAGAAGCGCGAGGACGUGAAGUCGGAGGACGAGGACGGACAGACGAAGCUGAAGCAGCGGCGCAGCCGCACCAACUUCACGCUGGAGCAGCUCAACGAGCUCGAGCGACUCUUCGACGAGACUCACUACCCCGACGCCUUCAUGCGAGAGGAGCUCAGCCAGCGCCUGGGGCUCUCCGAGGCGCGCGUGCAGGUUUGGUUCCAGAACCGGAGAGCCAAGUGCCGCAAGCAAGAGAACCAGAUGCAUAAAGGCGUUAUCCUGGGUACCGCCAGUCACCUGGACGCCUGCAGGGUGGCACCCUACGUGAACAUGGGUGCCCUGAGGAUGCCUUUCCAGCAGGUAGCUCAGCCCCCUAGAAGUCGCGUCCUCACCGUGCGGGCCCUGCCUCCGCAGGUCCAGGCACAGCUGCAGCUGGAAGGCGUGGCGCACGCCCACCCGCACCUGCACCCGCACCUGGCGGCGCACGCGCCCUACCUCAUGUUCCCGCCGCCGCCUUUCGGGCUGCCUAUCGCGUCCCUGGCCGAGUCGGCCUCGGCCGCCGCCGUCGUGGCCGCCGCCGCCAAGAGCAACAGCAAAAACUCCAGUAUCGCCGACCUGCGGCUGAAGGCGCGCAAGCACGCCGAGGCCUUGGGGCUCUGA